GCUGAGAGCCGCAGAGCCGUGCUGAUUCGCACGAUUCGCAGAGCAUCUCGUUGUGUAAUUUGCUUUUAAUUAUUGCGAGUGCGAAGAAAAUGCCUAUCCCCAAGGCCCUAAAAUAUAGCCUGGUGUGGUAAAACAGAAACUGUUUUUCACAUUUUACUAAAAUAACGAAAUGACCGACACCGUGCAAGCCAGUAUUAUCAGCGCAUUUGAGGCGGAAUCGUACGUAGAAUCCCUGGAGUGUUUGAAGAUCGAAGAAAUCGGUUCUCCCAGAUGGAUCACGCUGCACGAAAGGCUCGAAUCAUUGAACAUGCAAGCCUUGUUGGAAGCGCAAGGCCAAAAGGAGGAAUAUGUCAAAGAUCUGAUCAUCUCACGAGACAAACUAGCGUUUCUAGUAAAGGACUUGAUCAUGACUGAGGUCUGGCGAGACAAAAUAUUGCCGGAGAUCCUCAGUCAAAACAAAAAGCCGAAGACGUCGAUCGGCAUCUACGUCGUGAUGCACCACGAGGUGACGGUGCUGUCGCUGCUGGAGGUAAUGACCUUCCGUUUUCAGUCGUCCGUGAAGCCGGACUCAGCGGUGGAGGCUCUCGGCGAUCUGGUUCUGGACGUGAUCGACUACUGCCACCGGGCGCUGGUCAACCUGCUGGCGCACCCGGACAUCCGACUGGAGAAGGACGAGACGGCCGCCGAGCCGCCCAUCGAGGUACAGCUGGGCCGGCAGCGCGACUCGCUGCGCUUCAUGGCCGCCGUGCAGAGCAUCACGCUGCUGCAGCACAUCUGCGAGCAGCUGAGCCGGCUGACCGUGUCGGCCGCCUCCCGGCUGCUGCGCCAGCACGACCUGCCGCUGCUGCUGGUGCAGCUCCUGGACGCCCGGCCAUGGCUGCGGACCAACCGCGCCGGCCGCCGCCAGAAGUACGAGCGGCGCCAGUGGGUCGCCUCGCCACCCGACGACCUGGCCGUGGCCAAGAUAGAGGGCCAGCUGUGGCUGACGCUGCUCUAUAUCCUCAUGGACCGGGAGCACCUGGCUCUGUACGAGAUCUCCGAGUACCGUCGCGGCCAGCUGCUGCGACUGCAGAAGCACCUGACGGACACGGUGCUGGAGCAGGUGCCGCCGCUGGGCGCGCUGCGCCAGUGGCUGGCGCACAUCUCCGUCAGUCCGCCGCCGCCGCCGGCGCGCUCCGGCGUCAUCAUCGAGACAGUGCCCGAGCUGCGGCAGGCGCUGCUCGACAGACACGCCGGCCGCUGGGCCAAGCUGGCCAGGCAGCAGCUGGAGCGGCACUUCCGCACCGACCUGGCCUCCAUCCAGGAGCAGGCGCGCCGGCUGGCGGCCGUCUAUGACCUGGACAAGAUGGCGCCGCUGAUGGCCGAGAGCACGCGCUGCGCCGCCUGCGGAGAGGUGGCCGUCAAAAAGUGCUCCCGCUGCAAGGCGGCCUGGUACUGCGGCCGCCAGUGCCAGGUCAAACACUGGCCCGUCCACAAGCCAGACUGCGACGCGGCGUGAGCGUCCACGGCGGCGCUCGCUGGCGCCGCUGCGGAGCGGUAACCACAGACAGUGGCCUGGUUGGAUGCAAAGUAGAAAUGCUAGCACACGGUCGCAGUCAAACCUUGUCUCAACUCAAACAAGUAUUACGUUAUCACAGCUGUUGUUCUAGUCGCACAAGUCACUAUUCAUAUCAUACUCGAUUGAACGUAUUCACAAUUGCUUAUAUUCAAAAUGUGCAUCAUUAUUCAUCAAAUAAACAUGAAAAUAUGUG